AGACUGGCCUGUUCUGAUGGCUCAUACUGUACCUCCCCUACUGGACUCAGCAGAAACAACAGGGGCGUAAAAAGUGUUACAACUGGCUGCUCCGCGUCUGAGCCUCUCUCUUCUCGUUCAGAGCACAAUGAGCGAUCCAGAGAUGAUUGAGUUCAGCGAGAGAGACUCUACGGUCCGCAGAACCAGAGCUGAACAGAACCAGCAGCAGCAGCAGCGGGACAGUGAUGAGGAGGAGGCCGCGCUGAACGCGCCCCAGAGCCGCGAACACAAGCCGCUGAUGGGCGAGAGCUUGCGGUGAUUCUGCUGCUCGGCUUUGGGUUUCUGCUGUGGAUCGUGGUUCUGAUCUCAUUCCAGCAGCUCAUCAUCAGCAGCAGCAGCCCGAAACACUUCAGCUCCGUCCGGGCCAGGAAGCAUCUGGAGCAGAUCACAAGCAUCGGGCCGAGGACCGUCGGGAGCCCAGAGAACGAGAACACCACAGUCAGCUACCUGCUGGAUCAGAUCGAGCAGAUCCGGUCUGAGAGUGAAACCGGACCUCACUCCAUCACGGUGGACAUCCAGCGGCCCAGCGGCUGCUUCAGCAUCGGCUGCUACGACCGUAUAACCAACAUCGCCGUCAAACUCCAGCCAAAGACCAGCGCACAGCACUUCAUGCUCGCGAACUGCCACUUUGACUCAGUGGCCAACAGCCCCGGAGCCAGUGAUGACGCCGUCGGCUGUUCGGUGAUGCUGGAGGUUUUACAUUCUCUAGCGAAUCUCUCCACGCCUCUCAAACACGGCGUCAUCUUCCUGUUCAACGGGGCCGAGGAGACCAUCUUGCAGGCCAGUCACGGCUUCAUUACCCAGCAUCCCUGGGCUCGGCAGGUGCGAGCGUUUGUGAACCUGGAAGCAGCAGGAGUGGGAGGGAAAGAGCUGGUGUUUCAGACAGGUCCGGAGAAUCCGUGGCUGGUCCAGGCUUACGCCCGAGCCGCCGUUCACCCGUUCGCUACAGUGGUCGGUCAGGAGAUUUUCCAGAGCGGACUCAUUCCUUCAGACACAGACUUCCGCAUCUUCAGGGACUUUGGAAAUAUCCCUGGAAUUGAUCUUGCGUUCAUAGAGAACGGUUUCAUCUAUCACACUAAAUAUGACACUCCGGGGCGAAUCCACACCGACUCCAUCCAGAGAGCAGGUGACAACAUCCUGUCUGUCCUCAAGCACCUGGUGAUGUCCGAUGAACUGGCGGAUUCCUCGCAGUAUCGUCAUGGUAACAUGGUGUUCUUCGACCUGCUGGGAUUGACGAUGCUGGUGUAUCCCGCUCACGUCGGCACCGUCAUCAACUACAUAGUGGCCGUCGCCGCGGUGAUCUACCUGAGCGGGAAAUGCUUGUUAACCAGCUGCGCGGGGUGUGUGUCGGGGCGUCACGUGAUCUGUGCAGCUGGCCGGUACAUGCGUGAUCUGGUGUGUGUGGUGUGUGUGCUGGUCUUGAGCUGGAUCUUCUCUCUGGUGACUCUGCUGUUCGUGGCUUGGCUCGUCACGCUGAUGGGCCGCUCCAUGUUCUGGUACAGUCACAUACACGCCGCUGUCUUUCUGUACGGAUCCGCCGCUGUCUGCAUUCUCCUGCUGAUCCACACGCUGGUGAAGAACCGCUGCUACAGGUGUGUGUGUGUGGUUCAGAGAGCGGGUCGUGUGGAUCUGGCCGAGCUCUUCUUUGACGGCAGUCUGCUGUUGUGGUGUUUCGUGCUGUUCUUCUUCACUCACCGCGGCUGGUGUUCAGCGUAUGUGCCCAUGAUGAUGGUGCUGUUCCCGCUCAUCAGCAAACUGCUGCUCACAAAGCUCUUCAGAGCCAGAGGAGCGUCUCUGCAGUACUCUGUCCUGUACCUGAUGGGUCUUGUUGUGCCGUAUGUCUACAUCAUGUUCCUCAUCCGGGUGAUUUUUGAGGUUUUCACACCUAUUCUGGGCCGCAGCAAAGACGAAAUCCCACCAGACAUCAUCAUGGCAUCACUUGUUACCGUGGCGACCGUAAUUCUGUCUUCCUAUAUUAUUCAUUUCAUCUAUCUAUCCCGCGGUACGAAGCGGGUCUUGGCUGUUCUGGGGUCAGUGUUCAUGCUGAUGUUUGUUCUGGUCAGCUGUGGUCUGUUCUUCCCGUAUUCUGCCGACCCGUCCAGCCCACGACCCAAACGUGUCUUUGUCCAGCACAUCACUCGCAGCUUCCACACACUGAACGGAUCGCUGCAGAGCUCCGACUCGGGUUUAUGUAUCAACGAUCUGGAUUACACCGGCAUGCAGCACAUCACUCCACACAUCCCACAGAUCAACGACAGCAUCAGCACACACUGUCAGGACUGGCUGCCCUACUACGGCUACACAAGGAAGAGCUGGUAUCUUCCGGCUCCUGAAGUCUCUCCUAAAGCUCCGCUGGAGGUCCAGCUCUUAUCCAGACAGGAGACUCAAUGGGGAACCGUUAAAAUGAGCUUUGAGGUCAAAGGUCCGAGUCACAUGUCUCUGUACCUGCAUCCUCACGCUGGAGCAUCUCUGAGCAGCUGGUCAUUCAAUGACUGGAAUUUUGUAUUUUACACUCACGGUCUCGACGCUCCGGUCUGGAGGUUCUGGAUUGAGAUCUUGCCGCUCAAGUCCUCAAACGUGUCUCCUGAUGAGGGCUUGGUCUCUCUGGCCAUCACUGCUCAUUAUUUAUCUGGUUCAGACGGACGCUCGGAGACGCUCGAGUCCUUCCUGAAGAGAUUCCCGGCCUGGGUGUUCUCGUCCUCCUGGAUCAGCACGUACCACAUGUACACAUACUGAGGGACACACACACACACACACACACACACACACACACACACACACACACACACACACACACACACACACACACACACACACACACUCACUGCAGACCUUCAUUCACAUCAAACACCUCAGUGUUUAUUAUUUUAUUAUUAUUUUACAUAUUUCAACACAAAAUCUGAAGUCUACUGUAUUUUAUUUUAUUUUACUUUAUUUUAUUUUAAUCUUUCUCAUUAUUUUUGGUGAGGUCAUGGUUUAUCUUGUUUGUUUUUGUAUUUCUCAAUUUACGUGUCCUUAAUUUCAGCAGGAAUAAUCCCACUGAGAUAUAAAUCUACACAAAACAUGCACGCUUCCUUCAAGAAUGAAAUAUUUCUCAGAAUAUUUAAAGACAUUCCAUAACCUCAGAGCAGAAAAGGAAAAGGCAGUCUGGUCCUAUGAUUACAAGUAUGAAAUGAUUUAUGAUUCUUAAUAAUAAAAUUCCAUGAAUUAAUAAAUAUUUCUUAAAACAGCCAUGUACUUGUUUAAUCGUCAUAAAAAAGGUGUUGAUUUUGCUGUGAAAUGUGACUCUGAAGUGGUUUUAGCUGGUCUUUCUAAGAGUAAUUUCAAUUCAUCUCAAUUAAUCUUCAUAUUUACUCCAUAUAUUCAUUGUGAUGUAUAUUUCAUAUUAUGAGAGGUUAUCUGUGAGGCCUGUGUCAGCCUGAAUAUGAGAAGAUAUCAUGAUGACCUGCUUUUUCUCCUUUGUCUAGGAGAAAAACAGGGUAUCAUGAGAUUUUCAGGAAGACGCUACAUGACUAGUGAAACAUAUCAAGUGUUUAUCAUGUUUUUUUUUUUAACUAUAUAUGAUAAUAUUGGGAGACAGUUAUUGAAAACAAUACGUCAGAAGGUUAUGAAAGCAGAAAAGCAUGCUCACUUAUUUUUGUCAGACAUAUAGAGGAGUGCACUGAUUUCUGUUUGAAUAAAAUUUCUAAAUCUGUC